AUGUCACAACGAAGAACUCAGAAGGGCCCACAAAGGAGAGCUAACGGCACUUCAGGGAAUGGCCCCUCCGCAUCACCUCAAUUGCAAACUUUGAAUGAAAUGUUUCCGGACUGGGAAUCGGAUGACUUGGCCACUUUUUUAUUCGAGCACAACAAUGAUGUUGAAAUAGUGAUUGAUUUGAUCGUUAAUAAUAAGGUCGCCAAAUGGGAGCCCAUCAAAAAAGAGUCUAAGCCCAAGAGGAAAGAUGACUCUCACGAGUAUGCCUCCUCGGCUGUCACCACCACGCCACAUCAAGAAUCAUCAUCUAAAUCUGUCAAGCAUACCAAAGACAGAAUAAAGUUGGAUAAAAAGAGGGAUAAAAAGCCUUUUAAGAAGGAAGCAGCGCUGGCUCAACACGGCCAUGGUCAUGGCCAGAUAGCACCGAAAAAUACGGCAAGCCCUGGGGCCAAAUCCGAUAUUUCUAGCUUGGAGGCUCAAAAGCUGCCUCUGAAUUCAUGGGCAGCAGCUCUAGGCAAAGAUUCAAAGCCAAAACAAAGAGAAGCACUGCGCAAUAACAUAAAAACCCAGGAAACGGAAGACGAAGAAAAGCCCACUCCUGUCGAUCAGCAUCGGAAAUCAGAUUUAGAUCAAACCUCCUCAGAAGGAAAACAUGGAAAGGAAGGCUCUCAGGAUUUGUCCAAGGAAUCCCUGACUUCCUGGGCUACUGCUAUCAAGCCCAGGACAAAGCCACAGGCAAGUAACAGAAACCUUGAGUCCCUGGAAGCCAGAUCUUCGAGUCACAAUGUUGAUCACAACAUUCUCAACAAUGAAAAGCCUGAUAGUGUAGAGUCGACCGAUGUUCAGGAAAAGCCUGCUUCUCAGACCGAAGAUGUACAGCUUCCUCAAGAAAUAUCCUCCUUGGUGAAGGAAUCUGAGGUCGUUCUACCACAGGAAGUCAGUAACAUUGGAGUAUCUUUUGGUUCGUUAUCUUUGGGAGCUAAGGAGGCAGUGCAACAGCGUGGUGAGCAACAGCGCCCGUCUGCGAUUCCACCAUCUUCUGCUGCCGAAGUUUCUCAUCAGAAUGAGGCGGCUUAUCAUGAUUCAGGCAAUGACUCAGGCAACACCUACAGCCAGAAUCAGUCUCAAGAAACACAGUCAACACAACGUGUUUCUCAGUCACACCAGCAUCGGGAUCAGCUGCAACACUCCAAACCUAGUCAACAAGUGGAACAAUCUCAGCAAGCCGAACAGCCUCCACAGUCCCAGCAGCCCAAGCAUGGUUAUCAAGCGCAUGAUGGCCCUCCUCAAGGACAAGACUACUAUUCUCAAUUUCAACAGAUCCAACAACUGUUUCCACAACUGGCUGCAGCUGGCACCCUUCCUGCACAAUUUGGUUAUCCCGGUUAUGAUUACACGGCAGCUUUUGGUCAAGCGGGUAUCGGUUCAAUGUCUCCAGCGUAUUUUCACAAUACUAUCGGCAACGCUGGCCAAGUAAAAGGAGGUUCUCAAACUGGAAGUGCAAACGCGGAGAUUGGAGAAUCCCCCCUUGUUCAAGGUUCAAACAUCGCCCAGCAGCAUUUGCAAAGUUCCCAGCAGAAUCAACAGGUGCCUGGCACCGCUCCAUUCGGGUUUCCUAAUUAUUACAGCUACUACUACAAUACACCAUACUACGGGAAUGGCGCUGGGAUGGGUGCCUCGGCUGGAGCUUUUGGUAUGCAGCCCCAAUUGAGCGAGGGAUCAUCAGGUAGUCAACAUCCAAGCGGUGGAGAUAAUGAGGCUGCCCUGGCUCAAGAUGCCCCAAAUACCCAUGCAGCAAAUCAAUUUUAUGGUCAGUACUAUGCCACUCCAACACAAUAUGGUAAUAGGGCCGGAUUCCACUUUAGUGGUUAUCCUAACUCCCAGCCUUUCCCACAAAGUGCCGUUCAGCUAGGAGACCCCAAUGACAAGCAGCAGACGAACCAUCAUCAACCCCUGAACCAGCCUCAGUCGCAAACUCAAGCACCAGGACCAUCUCAUCAACAACAACAGCAGCAACAUGGCCAACCUCAGCAGCAGCAGCAGCAACAACAACAGCCGCAGCAUGGUCAGCAGCAGAUUCCACAAGGUGUUCAAUCACAGUCUGGGCCUUUGCCUAAUGCCAUCCCAGGCUUUCCGCAACAGAUGCCUCAAUAUGCGAACUACCAGCAGUAUCCUCAAUAUGGAGUGUCGACUGAGAAGAAGAAGUCUUCUAGAAAGAAGAAGGACCCAAAUGCUCCAAAGAGAUCCUUAUCUGCUUAUAUGUUCUUUGCCAAUGAGAACAGAGAUAUUGUGAGGGCUGAGAAUCCAGGCAUCACAUUUGGACAGGUCGGCAAGAUGUUGGGUGACAAAUGGAAGGCCAUGACUCCUACCGAUAAGGAACCAUACGAAAGCAAGGCGGCUGCAGACAAGAAGAGAUAUGAGAAAGAGAAGGCGGAGUAUGCCAAAAGGCAGUAG